GCAAAAUUCUCUCGCCAUUGCGGUUGGUUUUUAUUUAAUUUUUCCGUAUUUUUAAGGUUGCUGUGCGUUAAUUUUGUUGUGAAAGAAAAAUCUGUGUGUCAGUGAAAAUAUAUUUAAUAAUAAUAAAAAGAAACGCAAUUAAACAAAGAAAAUUUUAACGGGCAACAAUUAAAAUACAUAUAUAAAUUAUAAACAAAAGCUUUCCAAUUAAGCUAACAACAACAACAGCAAAGUAUUGUAUAAAAUUGUAAUUGUUGAAAAAUAUUGCAAAGUGAGAUUGUGAGAAAAAAGAAAAUCCAUAAAACCAGCAAAUUAUACGACGAAAAGCCAAAAAUCUAUUGCAAUUGCAUAAAUAUAUUAUUUCGUUUCGUUUCUUUUUUUGUAUUUUGGUAUUUUACUUCUUCUUCUAUUGGAAGAGUGUGCAAGUUUGUGUGUGUGAAGUGUGCAAUUGUUGUUACAGUGUUAGCGAGAAAAAAGUAGCAAGAAAAAUUAAAUAGAUCCUACUAAAAGAAAGAGUGGUGGCCUUUACCUUAUUUUCUUCUUGUGUUUGUUGUCUUUGCUGCAAAAUUGUUUUUCUUUUAGUUGGUUCAUUUGGUGGCGCCAAAUAAAUAAUAAAUAGAUGUUUUACCCAAUUCUCAAUUGGUUGGAUUAAUUCUAUGAGUGUUUUUUGUGUUUUCUUUAAGUUGACUGAAAGUAUUUGUAACAUCUUAUUGCAAAUAAACUAGAAAAAAACCAGCAAAAUUCAGUUCGUUUUUAUUUAUCCUACAAACACGAAAUUCAACAAAACGGAUACAUAUCGAACUAACCGAGAUCCCUCUCCUCCGCCCGAUACGGAAUUUUUUGCUACCGCCUCCACUAGUGACGACGAUUUCAAUAACCAUCAGCAAAACGGCUCCCUUACGAAACGCAACACUAAAUUCAAAUCUUCUAAAAAUCAAAAAGAAGAAGAUUCUACGUUCGCAAAGUUUCCAACAAAAUCACCGUUAACUUCGACGUCACUAAUAAUACCUCCAUUGCCUUCGUCCUCCGUUGAGGAUAUAGCACGUUUUAGUCCAGUUGCUCCACCAUCAGCUCUAAACAACUUUAACUUCAGCAUCGACAGCAGCAACAGCAGCAACAUUAGCAACACGAAAAACAUGGCCAUGGUACGCAAAAAACAAGAUGAUAAAUAUCUUGAAGCCUUGCGUGAGCUAAUCACGACUGGCGGUGGUAAUCGACAAUGUUUUGAUUGCGGCCAAAAAGGACCCACUUAUGUCAACAUGACCAUUGGAUCGUUCGUAUGUACUCGCUGUUCAGGAGUAUUACGCGGCAUUACACCACCACAUCGUGUCAAAUCCAUAUCGAUGGCCACCUUUACACAAGAUGAAAUUGAUUUUCUUAAAGCACAUGGUAAUGAUGUCUGUGCCAAAACAUGGUUGGGUCUGUGGGAUCCAAAACGUGCUGUGCACCAGGAUCAGCGUGAAUUGAUGAUUGACAAAUAUGAGCGUAAACGUUAUUACUUAGAGCCAGCUAGUCCCCUAAAAUCUCUAACAAAUGCCACAAAUCUUAAGACUACUGCUACAACAGCAUCAACAGCCGCAGCCACAUCAUCAUCAUCAACGUCCUCAGCCUCAGUAACAGCGUCUUCGGCGAAUAGUAGCCAAAAUAAUUCUAAUAAUAAGACACAAAUACAACUAACACCACCAACAUCGCAACGUACUACAGCCAAUGGUCUGCACAAGACCUCCUCAACCGCCAUCAGUCGUCCUCAGCAUACAACACCACAGCCCCAGAAUGGCUUCUCCAGCUCUCUGUCGAAUCACAACACAGAUGCUUUCGGUCUACACAAUGGUUUGAAUUCAUCGGUCGGCUCCAUGUCCACCGGUGCUCUCUCCGAUACUAGCAGUUGUGCCAGUGCCAAUGGCUUCGGAGCAGAGGCGGAUUUUGUGGCCGAUUUUGGUUCGGCCGAUAUAUUUAAUGCCACUGUAGCCAGUUCGCCGGCCUCAUCGGUCGGUUCGUCGACGACAAACAAUAAUGGUUAUGCCAAAAUACAACCAAUGAAAAUCUCUGCAGCUGCUCAUCAGCAAUUUAUGAAUGGCCAUGGCGGUGGUGGCGGUAAUAAUGCCACCACAAACUUACAAAAUGGUAAUCUGAGUAAUGGAAAUACCGAGAAUUUUGCUGAUUUUGAUCAUGCACCAAUUUACAAUGCUGCAGUUGAAGAACCAAGCAAUUAUCAGUUUGUAAGGAAAAAUGCCAUACGAAAAAAAUCGACUUCCAGUAUAUCCGGUUCAAUAAUACGUCGAAACGAAAGACAAUUAAAGGAUAUACUGGAAAUGGAUAAUAACGAAAAUGCAGUAGACUAUAUCAACUUUAAUGAGGAUGAGGUAUUUGGUGAUACCAAGACAACGGCAAAUACCAACAAGUCGGGGGGUUAUAGUAAUCUCUUUGACGAUUUCGAUGUUCUGCUGACACUGGACGACGACAACAGGCAGCAGACGAAUUUCAAAGAAUUUGAAAGUGAUUAUGCGAAUGUAGCUGUAGGAGGAGAUCACUUGGCAAAUGGUAGUAAAUUUACGCCUUUGGCUUUGGCAGCUCAUGCGACUGCCAUGGCGGUGUUGGGCAAUCAAAGUCAUUUCAAUAGUCAACUACAAACGGCAAACCAAUGGGAUGUUUGGCCUACAUCUAGCAUGAAUGUAGCGGCGGCAACACUACCAACAAAGUCAAGCACAACGGUGGCAGCAACGACACCAUGGUUUCCUAGCAAUAAUUUAAUACAGCAGCAUUCUUAUGAAGUGCCACCAACACAGCAACAGCAACAUCAGCAACAUCUUUAUGCUUCGAUAGCCAAUUUUAAUUCGGGGAAUUUACAUACUAAUCAACAGCAACUGCAACAUUCACAGUCACAAUACUUUCCCUCCAGCACAUUUUCAACACAAUCAUUAACAACAUUUGAAACAGCCAAAACAACAACAAUGUCCACAGCAGUAGCAACAUCAACAACAAUGCCAACAUCGAACAUGAUAACAUCAUCAUCAGCAACAACGAGUCUUCCAAUUAAUAAUAACAAUAACAAAAAUUCCACAACAAAUGGUUUUAAUAAUAACAACAACAUCAGCAACCACAACAACAACAAUAUAAAUAAUAACAAUAAUUCCUCAGCACCCGCAGAAGAUCGUUAUGCAGCCUUAAAAGAUUUAGAUGAACAAUUGAGAGAAAGUAAAGCUGUGGCUGCCCAGGCCGCCUCAAUAGUGACAGCAAAUGUGGUAGAUUCUGGUUUUGGAAAUCCCAAUGUGAAUGGGACAGUGAAUCCUUUUGCUGCACACCAUCAUCAUCAACAGCAGCAGCAACAGCAGCAUCAACAGCAGUCAGCUGUUGUCAAUCCUUUUCAAAAUGCGUCAAACAAUCCAACGCAAAAUACAACACAACAGUUGUUUGGUCAAAUGACUUUAAUACCAAAUGGAAUAGCUGCGGCAAAUGGUUUUUUAAAUGCUCAAAAAACUCAUACUGCCAAUACGGGAUUCUUUAAUUAUACGGCAAGUGGAUUUACAAAUGCCAAUACACCACAACUACAAAUACAACAACAACAGCAUCAGCAACAACAUCAACAACAACAACAGCAACAUCAGGCAUCCCUUUUGUAUCCAACAUCAAUACAAACAGGACCAAAUGGUUGUGGCUUUGGUUUUGGUACACUACAACAGCAAAUCGCCUCAACUGGCACGGGUCUAACAACAAAUACUUUUAAUAAUCCAUUUGCUGCUACCGGAGCUCUUAACUCUAAUAAUCCGUUUUUAUGAGAUUUAAGAAGCCUUAAAUUUAACAACGAUCCUUUAAUCAACUAUGAAAUGCUUAGACACAACUAAACAUGUUCAAAUAGUACAGCAAACACAACAAAACCAAAACUUGUUUCAAUAAGUUUACAAAGGAUCCAUCUAAACAAACUGUGGUUUAUUUUUAAAAAUAUAAGAAUAUUUUUCUAACAUUAACAAACAAAAAAUACAGGCUGCAUUAAAUUUUUUUAAUAAAAAAAAAAUUCUCAAGCCUUAUCUAAAAAAAUAAGAAGAAUAACAAAACAAAAACUUAGUCCAUUUUAUGAACAAUAGUUAUAAAUAAUUAUAAAUAUUCUUAAAUAUAGUAAAACAAAAACAAAUCUUUCUUAAUAUUAAAACAAAAAAAUAUUAACUAAAACAAAGCAACUUACAAAAAAUAUAAAAACUAAAAAAAGAAACUUCACAUUUUCCUUUAAACAAAAAAAAAAAACAAAAUCAAAAAAAUACUAAACAAAAAUUUAUUAUAAUAUACAAUUAUUUUUACUUUAUGAUAAACGAAAAAGAGAAACAUAAAAACUUAACAAAAUUAUAUAAAUCAAAAACAAAACCAAACUAAUAGUAAAACAAAUUGAUAAUAAUUAAAUAAAAAAAAACACAAAACGAAACAUUUAUUAAAUAAUAAUAAUGCUUUUAGAACAUGUAAAAUUAUUACAAUAAUAACAAAAUUAUAAAGAAAAGAACUACAUACAAAAUUAGUUAUACAUAGUUAAUAAUCAUGAUAAAACAAACGAAAACGCUAAACAAAAUCAAAAGUCCAUACAAAACGUAAAACUAACAUAAAAUUAUAAUUGUUGAAAUAUGUAAAAUAUGUAUUCUUUUGAUCCCAUUACAUAUACUAUAAUAGUAAACAUUUUAUUAUUUUCGAAACUUCAAAAGAAAUUCUCAAUUAAAAUUUAAAACUGGUAAUAAUCGAAAGUAAAACAAUUUUUGUAACAAAUUUAUUUUGUUUUUUAAAAUUUUAAUUUUAGCAAUUUUGUCAAAUCCUUAGUAAAAAUCAAAUUACACAAAAAGUAUUCAUUACAAAAUCUGGGAACAUUUAUCUUUUAAAUACAUACAUGCUUAAAUGUAAAUUACUUUUACUUUUUUCCAAAGUAUAUAAACAAAUCCUCCAUGUUCCCAUUUCAACUGAUUUUGCAUAGAUUUUUUGUUUCUAACUUAAAAAGGGUUUAUUAUGUUUUGUUUAAAAUUUUCUAUUUUAAUUUAGUUUUAUUAUGUGUAUAUUAUUUUUUAAUUGUUUGUAAUUUAAUACUAAUAUUUUUUAUUAUUUUCAUAAACAAAUUUUAAGUUUAUUAUUAUUAUAAUAAAUAUUUAAGGAAUAUUUUAUUAAUCCUCUUUGAAGGUUGUUAUAACACUACAUAUAUUUUAUUUAAAAACAAGUAACAAAACAAAAAACUACUCGGUAUUAGAUUUUACAAACAAAAAAAGUGUCUUAAUUAUUUUCUUCCAAAACAAGAACAAAGAUUUUUUAUACAUAUUUUAAUUUUUAUUAUUAUAAAUUAAUUUUUUUAUUUUAGUAUUGAUAUUUAAUUGUGUGAUUAUUUUCAUUCAUUUUAUUUUUAUUUACCCAAUUCUACAUAAAUUCCAUCAUGUUCUUAAAUAAAUAUUUACCAAAAUUUUUAAUAAAA